CAUUCUUUUAUACAAGGUGGUUACCCUUUUUUAUCAUUCUAAUAUUUCAAAUAAAGUUAUUCUAAGUGGUUCUUUUUACCAAUAAAAUAAUUUUACUGUUUGAAAUUUAAAAAAAACUAUGUCGUUUCGAGAUUUACGAAAUUUCACAGAACUACUACGAACAUUAGGAUGUCAAAUACAAGUAUCGUUAGAAAGUUUUCGUAAUCCGAAUUUCCCGUUAAUGAGUGAAUUGUUAGUAUGGUUGUCCAAACGAUUAGAUCCAGAUGCUGAAAUACCAGAAGGUCCAUACAAUACAGAACAGGACCGUGUGUUGUUAAUACGCACUGCAGCUCAGUUUUUGGCAAUGAAAGCGAAUUUGAAAUUAAAUACACGACGUCUUUAUGGUGCCGAUGGGCAUGCAGUACGAGAAUUGUUAAAAAUAGCUACAUUGUUAUACGAUGCAUUAAAUGCAACUGAUCAAAAUAACAAAGAUGAAGAAAAUUCGAUUGAAAAACUCUAUGAUAUUAACGAUAAGGUUAAUGAAUUGAAAGUGACAAGGCAAUUAGCAUCUGAAAUUACGUCAAAUGGAGCAAUAUUGCACGAACUGCUUGGCAAAGAAGUAGAUUUACAGGCUCAACGACAUAUAAGUGUUGCAAGACAAUUAGAAAUUACAACCAUUGAAGAGGGUAUCGAAAGUGCUAUGAAUGCGUUAAAAAAAGAAGCAGAACGUAUAAAAAAAUUAACUGAUAAUAUCUCAGCAACUGAAUCCAGUUUAGAUCAAAAAAUUGAAAGAAAACGAAAUGAAUUAGAACGUAAUCGAAAUCGUUUACAAACCUUGCAAAAAGUACGACCAGCAUUUUUGGAUGAAUAUUCAGCACUUGAAAAAGAAUUACAAAAUUUAUAUAAUGAUUAUGUGUCCAAAUAUCGAACAAUGGUCUAUUUAGAAAGUUUGGUGGCAGAACAAGAACGAGCUGAAGCAAUACGUGCUGAAACGCAACAAGAAGCUGCACAAAAAUUGGCAGAACAAAUGCGAUUGGAGGAGGAUAUAGAAGAAUUAAAUGAAUUGGCAGAAGAAGAUAUGAUUCCUGUUUCACCAACUACCGUGACUGCAACAUUAAAUGCUCCAGAAGAAGAAAGGCUUAGAGUAAAAACUGGAGUUAGACCUCGGCCGGGUACACGAACUACAAGCCGAUUAUAUGGGGCAAUGCAUGCUGAUUCUGGUAAUUCAGAUUCUAGUUUAACAAGUACCGAUUCAGAUUCAGAAGACAUCCUAUUGAAUGAUGAUGACUUGGAUAAUUUAGGAUACAAUCCAAAUACCAGAAAAGACGUAAUGGAUGUAAUGUCGGUAGUAGACAAUGAAUUAAAUAUUAUUGAUCGUGAUGAAGAUGCAAGUGCAGCGACUCAAAUACCACCAAGGCGACGACCAUCAGCACGAAUUGGAAGUAGUCAUCCAAAGCGAGAAAUGAAUGACGAUGACGAUGAUUUUUAAAUAAUUUCAAAAAAUCAGUCCCGAUUGAAACUAGUGUUGUAACUGCGCGGUAGAGUCGAGUAUCAAAAGGAUUUUAAGUUUAACUCGACCAUCUUAGUCAAAAAAGCGAUCAACCUCG